UGCCUCUGUCUGCACAAGUUUUAAUUGGAAAAAGUGAACGUGUUGUGUUAAAAGAUGUAUCUCCUGGCACAUAUUGUCAUUUAGGAAUUGCAAACGGGCUCCGAAAAAUUUCCUCUGUCUUGGAAAACUACAAUGAGUUAUAUGUGGACAUCAAUAUAGACGGAAUACCACUCUUUAGGAGCUCUCGAGUUCAGUUAUGGCCUAUUUUGUUAAAACUUGUGAAUAUAAAAGAAGUAGUCGAUCCUUUCCCGGUGGGAAUCUACCUAGGAAAAAGGAAACCAAAUUGCUUAGACACGUUUUCUAUGAAUUUGUAAACGAAUGGAAAAGUUUAGAAAACAAUUUUUUUAUUAAUGAGAAGUUAAUAAAACUACAUAUUCGUUGUUUGAUAUGCGACACGCCAGCCAAAGCUUUUGUUAUGGGCGUUCCAGGACACACUUCCAAGAACGGGUGUACGAAAUGAACACAAACAGCUAAGAAAAUAGGCAAUGUUCUCACUUACAGCCCUUCACGUGGUUCUUUAAUUUCCGAUGAAGAUUUUUUUAACAGAAAAUAUGCUGAUCAUCAUCAAAAAAAAUUUUUGUCUAACAAAACACCGCUGGAGUCAUUGAAACUGAAUAUGGUAACGCAAGUACCUUUAGACACAAUGCACUUGAUCGAUCUGGGUGUCAUGCGCAAAAUACUAAUUCGUUUGGUGAAUAAUAAAAUUACGCGUAAAAUUUCAAAAGAAAAGCUGUGCCAUAUAUCCGAGAAUCUGCUCCACAUUGAACGCUUCAUUCCGCCUGAGUUUGCCAGAAAGCCAAGAAGACUUUUUUUAUGAAUUUAUGCUAUUGCAUUGCGCAUAUAGGCUACUAAACUGUCCCCGACAAAUAAAUGUAAAUUUUCAGCAAGCUCACGAUCUACUUCAGAUAUUUGUUACGAAUUUCCCAAUCGUUUUCGGAAGUGACAGCAUUUCAUUCAACGUCCGCAGCCUUAUUCAUUUAGUUAAAUGUGUCGAAAAAUACGCAGUUGCUUCCUGUUUUUCGGCGUACAGUUUUGAAAACAAAUUGCAAAUGAUAAAAAAACAGGUUAAAAAGCCGAAUAAGAUUCUGGAGCAAAUAAUUAAUAAAGAGAAGAACGCAAAAUUAAUAAGAACAGAAAACAACUAGUCCAAGUAUUCUGGAGGAUUUCUCGUGGGUGUUCAUAUAAGUAACGUUUUUUAUUCGAUUAAUGAACCAAAUAACAUUUGCUCCGUGAAACCUAACAUACCUAUAAAAAUAACUAGGUUCAUUGAUGGAGACAAGAAAUUUAUAAAAGGGCGUGCAGGAGUUUUUUUACAGAACCAGUCGAGUCCUGUACUUUGCGAAUUUGCAUGACAGAUCUUGUAGUAGGAGAAGAAGAAAUAUUUCCUCUAGAAGCUCUGGAAUACAAAUUUCUGCUGUUACCAUAUAAAUCUAAAUUUAUAAUAAUACCAAUUCUCCACAGUUGGCAAUAAUUGCAAUGUCAGCGCCACCAAAGAAAGCAAAGCGGCAUGAAUCCUCUAAACGUACAUGUCAUCUAUGCGAGCAAUUAAAUGAAAAAUGCGACAAACUUUACGAAAAAUUAAGUGCGAUGGAAGAAAAAUCCAGACAGCAAUCUGAUAAGUUUAGCGAUAUUUUGGCUGAGCACAAAGUACUUCUCAUGGAAUUAACGCAUCAAAAUAAAGCAUUGCAAACAUUGAAAGGUAUUUUCCCUAUAAAAUCAACAGAGGAGCUGAAAAAUUUGGACGAACUAUUGGAAAUACAACCAGAAAUAUAUUUAAGUAAUUUAGAACAAGUCUUUUAUUGCUAUACACAAAGAAAAGAAAAAGAGUUUCCGUUAGCCAAAGGAUUCAUCUAAAGAAAAUGCAGUUCCAAACAUAAACGAAACAAUAUAAAUACACCCAUGCAUGUACAUAUGUAUGUAGUACAAACACUAGAAGUCGAACUUAGCCAUAAUGAAUUUUCUUUUUUUAAUCCAGUUUUUUUUUUGUUGAAGUUUUAAACACUUCUUACAUUAUAUCUACAAAAAAAACUGGGCGCACUAAAACGUUAUAAAACAAAAAUGUAUUUUUGCAAUUCAAAGAUGUUUUUGUAUAUGUACAUAGUACAUACAUAGUUAGUUUUGUUUAUUAUACGUAAAUUUGGGUUAAAAAAGCUGCGCUUGAUUCUGUGCGACCACUUUUCUUGUGCCCAUACUUUAUGUAAAUUCUUUGUAAUCCUGUAUACAUUUGUACGUGCAGUGGCUCACAGUCGAUAUGAGCCUGUGAUAUUUUUUACAGUAUUUACUACGUUUUUUUGCAAAGUCGUUUUCUUGAAUUAAAGCAACUGGCUUACUUGACUGUGAGCCACUGUAAGUUAAUGGAUAAAUUUUUUGCUACAUGUACCUACAGUUAGGCAAUAAAGUUUAGGUACAGAGAGUUUUUUGCAAUA